GUUCAUAACUGUGGACAGUAGGAAGAACACCAGCUUUGGAGUCAGUUCAGACCUGUGUCUGCUGCAUUGCUGAAAUCUUGGGCAAGUCUUUCAGCCUGGUAUGGCAGAAAAACCAUUGUGUAUGCCCACACAAAUACCCCAUGAUGAAGAUACACAAAGAGGAGAUAGUGUCCGUUGCUUAACAAUGCUUGGUCAUUUUGGUUUUGAAUGUUUGCCUCAUCAGUUGGUAAACCAAUCUAUUCAACAAGGAUUUUCUUUUAAUAUUCUCUGUGUGGGGGAAACUGGAAUUGGAAAAUCAACACUCAUUGACACAUUAUUCAAUACUAAUUUGAAAGACAAGAAGUCCUCACAUUUUUACUCAAAUGUUGGACUUAAAAUUCAGACAUAUGAACUUCAGGAAAGUAAUGUUCAAUUGAAAUUAACUGUUGUGAAAACAGUGGGAUACGGUGAUCAAAUAAACAAAGAAGCCAGCUACCAACCUAUAGUUGAAUAUGUAGAUGCUCAAUUUGAGGCCUAUCUUCAAGAAGAAUUGAAAAUUAAACGUUCCUUCAUUGACUACCAUGAUUCCCGUAUACAUGUGUGCCUUUACUUCAUUUCACCUACAGGACAUUCUUUGAAGUCCAUUGAUCUAUUAACUAUGAAGAACAUUGACAAUAAGGUGAACAUUAUACCAUUGAUUGCCAAAGCAGAUACAAUUUCUAAAAACGACUUACAGAAAUUCAAGUGUAAAAUAGUGAGUGAAUUGGUUAGUAAUGGCAUCCAGAUAUAUCAGUUCCCAACAGAUGAUGAAACUACUGCUCAGGUGAAUUCCUCAAUGAAUACCCCAUCGGAGCAGCACCACAAUCCUGGCAGUGUGCAAGUAGCCCAGACAGAGGCCACACCACCACAUUUCCAAGAGAUCUAUGAAGAUAAAAGACAAAAGUUCUAUGAUCAAUGUCAGAGGGAAGAAGAAGAAUUGAAACAAAAGUUUAUGCAGCGAGUAAAGGAUAAAGAAACAACAUUUAAAGAAUCUGAAAAAGAGUUACAAGAAAAGUUUGAGCAUCUUAAACGAGUCCAACAAGAGGAGACAAUGAAACUUGAGGAGAAGAGAAGACAAUUGGAAGAAGAAAUAAUGGAUUUUUAUAAAUUGAAGGCUGUUUCUGGAACAUUACAGACUUUGGUGUGCACCAAUAUAAAGAAGGAGAAAGAUCGUAAGAAAUAGCCCUCUCUUACCAUUCUGUGUAUUAUAGAGCCCUAUCGCUCUCAAGUCUAUCUUUCUGUGAGAUUAUCUUUAUAGCACUUAACUCUUCCCCAAUUAGAAUGAGAACUUCCCAAGAGCAGGUACCCUGACCAUCAUAUUAGAUUUUGUGUCUUCAGUGUUUUUAACAAAAACUAACACAGUUUCCACUCAAUAAAUAUUUGCUAAAAUGAAAAAAAAAUCAAAGAAAUGCAUAGUGUAAGUAGUGUUGAUUAGCUGUUUUUGUUUGUUUUUUUAAUACCAUAGCUCUGGCUAUGGCUCCAGUGCAUAACUAUAACUACUGUAUAACUAUAACUAUAAAACUAUAACAACUAUAACAACUAUAACUAUAUAUAUAGGGGAUUUGUUCAUGAGCCAUUGCCGGAGUCAAGCUCCAGCAGGUCCAGGGGUUCCUGAAGGCUGAACAGCGUUGGCAAAAAAAUGAAAAAAAUAAAUCAAAAAUAAAAAUGGACACAGACAACAGCAGUGUAUUGAACUGGCUGCUUUAUUGUGGCAAAUGUGGCAUUAUAUUUGCUAGCAAUUUCCUUGUAGUGUGCAUCAUCUAUGUUUUCUAGCAUUACCUAAUUCUAAAAAUGUUCCUAUGUGUAAUCACCUUUUAAGGAGUAACAUGGUUAUUUUCUCAUAACAUUCCCU